AUGGCGUCAGCCGGUAUAGGAGAUAUUGCCAAGUUUGCUUUUGGAUCGCUGGUACUAUUCGAAACUAUCCAAAUUAUUUACAACAUCUACUUUCACCCACUAAGGCAUUUCCCUGGGCCAUGGCUUUUUCGAGCAAAGAGACUUUUCUAUGUGAUACGGUUCAAUCAAGGUAGAUUGUCGUUUGAUGUGCAUGAAUGGCACAAGAAGUAUGGGCCAGUGGUACGAGUGGCACCUGAUGAGCUUGCAUUUGAAAGCCCAGAUGCUUUCAGAGACAUUUACUGCCGGCGAAUUGGAGUUGCACCACCAGAUGAUGAGAUGGUUAAGCCUAUGCGCUCAUAUCACAUCAAAGGCGAAGCGCGCAGCAUAAUGAACGAAGAUAGAGAGAACCAUGCUCGUCUACGCAAACAGCUGGGUCUCGGAUUUAGUGAGCGCAGCAUGAGGGACCAAGAACCGAUUAUUGGCGGUUAUGUGAAUCUUCUUAUUCAGAGGCUUCACGAAUACUGCAUUGACCGUGACUCUAUGGAUCCUAUAACCGGCCAGCAGGCUAAAAGGCCGAUGGAUAUGACUGCGUGGUACGCUUGGACAACCUUUGACAUUAUUGGCGAUCUGGCGUUUGGUGAACCAUUUGGAUGCCUUGAGCGCGCAAAAUAUGACCCCUGGGUAGCUGCUAUUGGCAAAGCUGUGCGCUUUAGUCCCAUCAUUUUGGGUGCUAAACUGCUUGGUUAUGAGUGGGUGUUACGGCCCAUAUUGAAGAUGCUAAACAAGUAUCGUCGUGAGCAUAAUAGGCUGUGUAUGGAGAAGCUGGAGAGGCGUUGCCAGUUGAACAUGGAGAGACCAGACUUCAUAGAAGGCUUAUUACAGAAAGCCAAAGAAUGGAACCUCGAUAUGCGUCAAAUAAUGCAGAAUAGUAGCAAUCUAAUCAUUGCUGGCUCAGAGACGACAGCCACAGCAUUAGCUGGUAUCACGUACUUACUUCUCAAAAACCCAGAAAUAUUCCAAAGGGUUGUCGACGAAGUUCGCCAGGCUUACAGUUCGGAAGAUGAGAUAACGCUACUGUCGGUCAAUAACCUCCCUCUUAUGCUCGCCUGCAUAAACGAAUCUCUGCGUUUAUAUCCACCAGUUGCUCUUGGUCUUCCACGAACGGUUCCUCAGGGCGGUGCAAUGGUUGCAGGAGAAUACGUUCCACAAGGUGUGACGGUUAGCACCUGGCAUUGGGCCGUCUAUCAUAGCGAACGGCUAUGGACUGAGCCAUUUGCUUUCCGGCCAGAGCGCUUCAUGAAUGAUCCGAAGUAUGCUGGGGAUAAGUUGGACGCUCUGCAGCCUUUUUCCAUUGGGCCGCGGAACUGUCUUGGCCGCAAUCUAGCAUAUGCGGAAAUGAAGUUGAUUCUUGCGCGAAUCAUAUAUAACUUUGACAUUCAGCUGGUCGAUGAAGGAAAUGAUUGGAUGAAGCAAGACACGUACAUAUUGUGGGAUAAAGGUCCUCUGCCUGUAUAUUUAACUCCUAUUAAGGGUCCUAGACAAAUGUGA